AAACCGAAUUGAUGUUAUGUUAGUUCGUGGUUAUUAUAAUAUAUUUAAUGUUUUCAUAGUGAUUAUUGAAGUGAAAAGGCCGAAAGGAGUGAUAACCAUUCUAAUUCCAAUUUCCAUUUCUUCAUAGAUCUAUGUUUACUGGCUCUUACUCGUUUUGAAUGCAAGUGUUCAUAAAAUAUGAUUUCACUUAUCGAAUAUCGACUUUAGCACAAUAUUAAUGUGAAUUUCAUUUUUGAAUUUUACGUCUUGAUGAAUUAUUAAUUUUAUUUUUAUUCUUUGUGUUGUUUUAAAUAAUUAUAAUAUAAUUAUGGGUCGCAAAUGCUGUGUUCCAUUUUGUGGUCAUAAACAGAAAAAAGGCUUCACCAUGUUUAAAAUACCUUUUCAUGAUAAAGUUCGCUCAAGCGAAUGGAUUAAAAAAAUAGGAUUGAGUAUUGAGGAAGGGAAAACUUAUAGUGUCUGUCAAAAUCAUUUUUUGAAAAAUGAUAUAAUGUAUAACGGAGAAGGGGUAAAUGUAAAAAAGUUGAAAUCAUCAGCUAUACCCUCAGUGUUUUUACCGGAAAUUGAAUUUAUUUAUUUGGAAGGACAAUUUGAUAAUGAACUAAGUAUUAAAGAAGAAAAAUUUGAUGAAAGUAUUAAAGAAGAAAAAUUUGAUGAAAGUAUUAAAGAAGAAAAAUUUGAUGAAAGUAUUGAAGAAAUCCACACUGAUUCUAUGUUUGUUAAUAUGGAUGACUCAUCAAUGGUCUUAAAAGAAAUAGAUUCUGCUGAAAUGUCAAUUAGCAAUAAUUGUGUCUCACCAGUUCAGUUGUUUUCACGGUCUAAAGAUUGCUGUGGUGAUCAAACUCUCUGUCAAUUUUAUAAAAAAAGACAAAACCUCCAGAAUUCAAGAGAGCUAUAUUUAAAAAAAUUAGCAGAUAUUAAGGAAGAAGAAAUAAGACUAUCUUUUAUCUGUAAAUGUGAAAAAAUGAACACUUUAACGUCUGUACAAGAAUCUAAUACAUCCUCUAUAAAUUUGACUCUCAAGUCUAAUGCCAAGCGAGCUCUCAUAUUGGACCACUGUUACGAAAAAUCUCCAAAGUCUUUAAAAGCUUCUCUAAAUGCUGCCAGAAUACGUCAACAAGCUAUGCAAAAAAAAAUUAAUAAAACAAUUAAAAAAUCUAAACGUUGUAUCGAACGGUUAAAAAAAAUUAAAUUAUUACUCAAAACUUCAAAAAAAAUGUGAUAGUCAUCGAAUAAUAGCAAGUUAUACGGAAGGAAACAUGCCAACUGCAUUGAAUGAAGUUAUUAAUCGUGGUAAAAGUUGCUUAGGACAUCGACCAUAGGCUAUUGAGUAUUAUCACUACUCACUGGUCACAUUAUUAUUUAAAUAAGACUUCACUCUUAAAAGAAAAAACGAUUUGAACACAGAGUAGUCAAUUGGUUAAUAAUAAUUUGAUCUGUUCUAUAUUCUGUGACUAAAUGUCAACUAUAUGGAUGUAUAUACUGCGACCAAGUUAAGACUAUGACCAGUCGCGCAACUAGGAGGAGCCUAUUUCAACACCGCGACCCCACGCGUGCCAUAAUUAAAACAAUGUAUAGGCAUUGCGGGACAGGGAUCUGACCGAAACGCGUCUGCCACCCGGUCAUCAUCUUAACGUGGUCGCAGUAUACAUGUUAUUAUUAUAUUAUAUCUUUUAAAAUGUUUGUCUUUAAAUCGUCAAACAAAAUUUUAAUAAUUAAUGUAUUAUCCUUGAACUCAAAUAAUUCAUUAUCUAAAUUUGUGCUUGGAAGUGGACAUCAGAGUAAGCCAGAUAGGUGUCAUUCUAGAGUAUGUUAUAUUCGUUUUUCGUUCUGUAUUCAUUAUACUAUGCGUGCAUUUAAUUAAAAAGUUCUGUAUGUUUAA